CCAAAGUGAUCAUUUCAACCUUGGACAGUCUUUUCUUGCCUCUGGAUAACCCUCAUAAAUGUGUUCCGCCCCCCUCCCGGCUGUUCUCGUCUCUGUUUUUCUCUUCUGUGGCUUUCCCGGUCUAGCUCGCUAAAGAAAUCCCUCAUUUAUACGGCCAUAGUGCUAGUGGACAACCGUGGUUACGACGGAAUUUUCCAUUGCUCAUACGAUCCUGCUCGAGCCGCAGCCGACCUGUCAAGUAUUUAAUUAGAACGAACGUCUUCUCCAGCCAUCUUAUCAAGCCUCACCCUCUUCACAUUGCCUUUUGUCUACUCUGCGGUCAAAUCCCAAGAUCCCCCCACCAUCGUCAUCAUGAAGCUUGCCGCCUUCCUCCUCGCCUGCCUCUCGGCAACCGCCUCACAGGCUUACGGGAUCGACAUGUCCCCUCCCCACCCCGAAUACGUCUUUGCCAACCCAUCCGUCUCCGUCGACGCCGGCUUCCGGAUUCCGACGUCGUACGAAUCGGCUGUCAUGGGCCGCCGCAUUCUGGCUCUAUCAAAGAUAGGCCAUCUCUCCACCGUCUUCCCAUCCUCGUCGUCGUCGUCGUCGUCCUCCUCCUCCUCCUCCUCCUCCUCCUCCUCCUCCUCCGCCCUCGACUCCGAAGGCGCAGAGACCCAGGACUGGCGCCGUCCCCCGGGCCUCGAGGGCGUUCCCAUCGGCAUGAUGGACUACAUCGCCGACUGCGAGGCCGACGGUCUGGGAAACCCCACCGUCCUCGCCAUCGCCAUCGCCACCUCCUUCCAGAACGCCCGUGCCGGCUCCAACAUCUCGCUCUCCAUGCGCUGGACACCCCCUUACCCGCCCGCCAAGCGGAUUGCCUCCGCGUCCUCCUCCGAGCUUUCCUUCCUCGACCAUCUGCGCGGCCUCCUCGGUAUGUCCCCUCCCACCACCACCACCACCAACAACAACAACAACGACAACAACGGCGACGACACGCCCCACGACACCGUCCCCUACUCCGCGGCCAAUCUCCCCCGCUUCUCCAUCCUGGGCUACGUCGAGACCUUCCACCCGGACGCGGACGAGGAGGCCGCCCUCGCCUCGUGCUUCGUCGCCCAGCACCCGGACGCCCGCUACUGGCUCCCCGGCAACCGCAUCCACAGGAGCGAGUGGGCCCGCAUCGUCGUCCAGGCCAUCUACUGGGUCGGCGGCUUUGGUGACCGCGCCUACAUCGGCUGGAUCCCCGUUGACCAGUGGCAGAAGGUGACGCGCGAGGAGUGGGAGGCCAUCAGGCUUCCUGGCGAGCAGGAGGGUUGGAAGGAGUGGAGCGUCCAUGACGCCUGGAAUUCUUCUGACUUGUAAAAUGCCAGUAGCGGAGGGAGACUCCUAAAAUGGGGUAUCAGUGUUGACCUGAAAAUGCCAUAACCAUGUGGAAAUAUGUACGCUACUCAUCGGAACGACCGUGUCCAGGAACCUCCCCAGAUUGGAAUAGACCGUACCUUUCCGAGCUGUCCAGAGCCC